AUGGCGGGGCAGCAGUUUCAGUACGAUGACAGCGGGAACACCUUCUUCUACUUCCUCACCUCCUUCGUGGGGCUCAUCGUGAUCCCGGCCACAUACUACCUCUGGCCCCGAGACCAGAAUGCCGAGCAAAUUCGAUUAAAGAAUAUCAGAAAAGUAUAUGGAAGAUGUAUGUGGUAUCGAUUACGGUUAUUAAAGCCCCAGCCAAAUAUUAUUCCUACAAUAAAGAAAAUAAUUCUGCUUGCAGGAUGGGCAUUAUUCUUAUUCCUUGCGUACAAAGUUUCUAAAACCGACCGAGAAUAUCAGGAAUAUAAUCCUUAUGAAGUAUUAAAUUUGGAUCCUGGGGCAACAGUAACAGAAAUUAAGAAACAAUAUCGUUUGCUGUCACUUAAAUAUCAUCCAGAUAAAGGGGGUGAUGAAGUUAUGUUCAUGAGGAUAGCAAAAGCUUAUGCAGCUUUAACUGAUGAAGAGUCCCGGAAAAAUUGGGAAGAGUUUGGAAAUCCAGAUGGACCUCAAGCCACAAGCUUUGGAAUAGCCCUGCCAGCUUGGAUAGUUGACCAGAAAAAUUCAAUUUUGGUUUUACUUGUAUAUGGAUUGGCAUUCAUGGUCAUCCUUCCAGUUGUUGUGGGGUCUUGGUGGUAUCGCUCAAUACGCUAUAGUGGAGACCAGAUUCUAAUACGCACCACACAGAUUUAUACAUAUUUUGUUUAUAAAACUCGAAAUAUGGAUAUGAAACGUCUUAUCAUGGUUUUGGCUGGAGCCUCUGAAUUUGAUCCUCAGUAUAAUAAAGAUGCCACAAGCAGACCAACAGAUAAUAUUCUCAUACCUCAGCUAAUCAGAGAAAUUGGCAGCAUUAAUUUAAAGAAGAAUGAACCUCCACUUACAUGUCCAUAUAGCCUGAAGGCGAGAGUUCUUUUACUGUGUCAUCUUGCUAGAAUGAAAAUUCCUGAGACCCUUGAAGAAGAUCAGCAAUUUAUGCUGAAAAAAUGCCCUGCCCUACUUCAAGAAAUGGUUAAUGUAAUCUGCCAACUAAUAAUAAUGGCUCGGAGCCGUGAAGAAAGGGAGUUUCGUGCUCCAACUUUGGCAUCCCUAGAAAACUGCAUGAAGCUUUCUCAGAUGGCGGUGCAAGGCCUUCAGCAGUUCAAGUCUCCCCUUCUGCAACUCCCUCACAUUGAAGAGGACAAUCUUAGAAGGGUUUCUAAUCAUAAAAAGUACAAAAUUAAGACUAUUCAGGAUUUGGUGAGUUUAAAAGAAACAGAUCGUCAAUAUCUAUUGCACUUCCUAGAAGAUGAAAAAUAUGAAGAGGUUAUGGCUGUGCUUGGGAGUUUCCCACAUAUAACUAUGGACAUAAAAUCACAAGUAUUGGAUGAUGAAGACAGCAACAACAUCACAGUAGGAUCCCUAGUUACAGUAUUGGUUAAAUUGACAAGGCAAACAAUGGCAGAAGUAUUUGAAAAGGAGCAGUCCAUCUGUGCCGCAGAGGAACAGCCAGCAGAAGAUGUGCAAGGCGAUACUAACAAGAACAGGACAAAAGGAGGAUGGCAACAGAAGAGUAAAGGACCCAAGAAAACCACUAAAUCAAAAAAAAAGAAAACUGUAAAAAAAAAACCUAUACCUAUUCCCUUAUCACAAUCAAAGCAACAGAAACAAAAGCAAGCAAAUGGAGUCAUUGGGAAUGAAGCUGCAGUAAAGGAAGAUGAAGAAGAAGUUUCUGACAAAGGCAGUGACUCUGAAGAAGAAGAAAAUAGAGACUCCCAGAGUGAAAAAGAGGAUGGUAGUGACAGAGACUCCGAUAGAGAGCAAGAUGAAAAACAAAACAAAGAUGAUGAAGCAGAGUGGCAAGAAUUACAACAAAGUAUACAGCGAAAGGAACGAGCUCUACUGGAAACCAAGUCAAAGAUAACACAUCCUGUUUAUAGUCUUUACUUUCCUGAGGAAAAACAAGAAUGGUGGUGGCUUUAUAUUGCAGAUAGGAAGGAGCAGACACUAAUAUCUAUGCCAUAUCAUGUGUGUACACUGAAAGAUACAGAAGAGGUAGAACUGAAGUUUCCUGCACCAGGCAAGCCUGGAAAUUAUCAGUAUACAGUGUUUUUGAGAUCAGACUCCUAUAUGGGUUUGGAUCAGAUAAAACCUUUGAAGUUGGAAGUUCAUGAGGCUAAGCCUGUGCCAGAAAAUCAUCCACAGUGGGAUACAGCAAUAGAGGGGGAUGAAGACCAGGAGGACAGCGAGGGCUUUGAAGAUAGCUUUGAGGAAGAGGAAGAAGAAGAGGAAGACGAUGACUAAGCAAGACUACAAAUGGACCAUAUUUGCACAUGUUUGCAAUUUUUUGCUGUUUUGGAAGUGUAUAAUAAACCAGAAACAGUGCAGAACUGAUGUUGAGGGAGGUAUUCUUUCCUAGAAAUGGAUGCAUAAUAUAACAUAGGCAGUGCUGGUGCCUUGGUACAGUCUGAAAAAUGCUUAAGGCUUGUUAAAGCCUUUCAAGUAUGGGAGGGUGCAUUUACUUCAUUUGCAAAUGAUAAUAAACCCUUUGUUAUAAUGUCCAGAAGUGUGGGCUAUGUAUUAUCUGAUCAAUUUAUGGUCCCAGUAAAAGAAAAAGUACAUGAAAAACAGUCUAUAAAUGAGCAACUUCUUUGUUCAGUUUUAGUUUUAGCAAACAAAGUAUGAUAAACAUCACUCUGUUUUAAGUAACAUCUGCUCAAGUUUUCAUCUUGGUAAGCGCUAUCAUUUAUUGACAUUUUGCAGUGAUACAAGAUUAUUUAUCACAGUUCCAUUUAUAGCUUUAAACUUUUUAUUUUUAGCUGUCAUCAUCAUAAGUUGGCAUUCUCUCACAUUCCACAUUAAAUAGAGGGCUACAUUUUGGGAUUUUCCUUUCUUAAUUUCCCAGAGUUAAUAGACAGAUUAUUAAAAUGGCUUUUAAUGGCUUAAAACAUUUUUAAGCCUCUGUUUGAGCAGAUCAAUGCAGGAUCUAGUUCUUUUAUAAGCUAUAGAUCUAAAAAUGAUUGUGGGACCAUAUGUUCUCUGAUGUGGUGACUUAGGUUAUUAAACCUUUUUUUAAAGGUUCAUUAUAAAAGCUGAAACACAUUCAUAGCUUUUAAUCUACCUGAUUUUAUCACAAGCCUUUUAAGGAAAAAUAUAUAUAAAUGCAGAGGAGGCAUUUUUUGUAUUCAUUUUGGACUCCUGUCAAUAAAAUAGAAGUUUGACUCGUUUUACGUUUGUAAUGGUGUGUGUCUUUUUACUCCCAGAGAAAGGAUAUAAUAGGAUAAUUCUUUUAUUUUCCAACUAAAAAUUUAAUAUUGUACAUUACUGCUGAAGUGACUGCUCUUCCUGUAUACCAUAGAAAACCCACCAACGGGAGGAUUUUCCCUCUCACGCUACAUCCUAGAAGGAGAGUGCUCAUAAAGAGUAGGAAUGUAUACGUGAUGAAUCGUUGAAGUAAGAUGAUUAUUUUCAUGACUAGGUAUGGAGGCAGCAUAAGUUUCUAAUAUUAUAGGACUGAUUGCAAUAAUACUGUCCUAUCAAAAUCUUCAUAGGCCAAAGUACUAUCGGAAUACUAAUUUGUGACCUUGUGUAUUUAAAAGUUUGCCACUUUCCAUGCAGAAUUAGUACUGGUAUUUUGUUACUCCAGUAAUUGGAAAUAAAACUUGAAAAUUACCAGAAACAUGAAUGUUUUUGGGGGUUCUAAAUUUAAGAUGUAUUCUUUUCUGAGAUACAGUGAAAGUAGUUUUUCCAUUGGAACUUUAAUCACCUGUUUUUCUUUUUUAAAGGUGUGAGACCCUUCCUUGGCAGGCAGGAGUGCCAUUGAGGAUUUGUUUCAUUUUACAAGUCAGGAGUGGGUUUAAUUUUUGAGUCAGGUUUUACUGGGAAGCUCCGGUGGCAGGGGAGGCAGCUGGUGGUGGUGGAAGGGAGUGAGCCAGCCUGUAGCAUCUGUGAAAGGGGAGGCUAGAGAACGCGUGUGGCGUGAAGGCAAAGUGAGCAAACCAAACAGUGUGUAACAUGCAUAGGUCAUGAUUCUCGUGAAAAAUUCUUCCAAGAAAGGAAUGCCUAUUCUAUUGGCUGUUUUCUCUUAAAGAGGCUUUAUCAGUUUAUUGAAAUAACUGGCUUCUUUCUGUUUGACUCUAGUAAGGAUGAUUUCACAACCCAGUAACUCCCCACAGUGCUCACCACAACAGCAUCACCUCAACCCACCACUUGGUUUUCCCUUGCCCUUCUGGUGAUAUACAGGGUGGGGCAAAAGUAGGCUUACAGCUGUUCAUAUGGAAAAUAAUGCAAUAAUUAAUAAAUAAUACAAUAAUAAACUCUGUUUCAUGUACUCACAACUAUAAACCUACUUUUGCCCCACCCUGUAUGUGUACUUCCUGAUAAGAUAAGUACAUUUUUCUCUAAUGAGUACAUUAAGUAAACUCUUUCCAUACCACAGUAAUGAAAGCCUUGAGCCUUCAGGUUAUGGUUCAUCUUUCCAACAAGUCUGGAAACUGCAUCCCAUUUUUCUUUCCCUUAACUGAGAUUUACUAGUGAGAACUGACUUAAAUGUACCCUGGUUUGCAUUUAAUCUAAUGGAAACCCUUACUGAGUGUAGUUCACGUUUUUGUUCCCAUCAAGAAAGUGACAUUUUGUCAACAGGAUACAUGAACAUAUAGGUGAAAACAGUGUGGGUAUACAAAGUGAAACAUUAUAAAAUUAAGUUGCAUAAUAUUUUUAUCUUUGUAAUUGGUGAAGUUCCUAUUAAAACAAAAAGCUCUCCCAAGGGGAAACCACAAUUAAAAGUCUAGCAGUUGUAAAUGUUAGGGUUAUAAAACUUGAGGCCCCACGCUGCCUUCUAUGUGCAUAACUCAAUCUCAAAGUCAGAUGUUCAUGUCCUUUAAAAUUUUUGGUCAGUUUUUUAAAAUUAAGGGGCACAUUGAAUGAGGUUGUAUAGAAUAAAUGUUCUGUUGUGUUUCUCAGCUUGCACUGAGAGGUGAAGGACCAGCCUGUCAAUCCGAAUUGCUCCACUCUGUGGUGGGAAGCUUAGGCCCUGGGGGAAGCAGAGCUGGAGAAGGGGAGGGGACGGGAGAGAGGUGUUGAAUGCAGUGAGGCUCUGAGCAUAUUAUUAUUCCUCACCCGAGGAUAUGUGUAUUGAUUUGAGAGAGAGAGAAACAUCAAUCAGCUGCCUCCUGUACACACCCCAAUCGGGAUUUGAACCCGUGACCUCGGUAUGUGCCCUAAUCAGGCAUCAAACCCACAGCCUUUUUGGUGUACAGCCACUGGCUGGGGCUGAGCAUAUUAUUCUUGAUCACAAUCCUUAUCCGGUUACUUGUUUCAGCCAGUCAAAACCAGAUAUUGGAACGUUCUUUAGCAACAAUCCUUUCAAAUGGAAUUCAGCACUUCUGAUAGUUUUUGGGGAUUGUUGAUCAUCAUUCAUUGCAUAUUUACUGAGUGUCUGUGUGCCUGAGUCUGUGAUUGGAUACUGGGGCUAUGAAAAAAAAAUUUGUAUUUUCUUUUUUAAAAAAUUAUUUAUUGAUUGAUUUUAGAGAGAAAGAAAGAAACAUUCAUUUACUCCACCUCUGAAUUCAUUGGUUGAUUGCAGUAUAUCCUUUAAGCAGGGAUCAAACCCGCCACCUUGGUGUGUAGGACAAUGCUCUAACCAGUCAGGGCAAGAAUUUGUGUUCCUAAGGACUCACUAGUAUCAGGGCAGAUGUGUGGCAAUCUAUUUUAAUCCUUUAGCAUUAGCUAAUAUCCAUUGUUUGGAAUGUCUUUUUUUUCAGUCUGUAGGCAGAGGGAUUAUAUUUUUCGGUGCUAGCUGUUUAUUGGCUUAAAAAAGAAAGCAAAUCCUCGACCUUUCUUUAAAGCAUUUUUCUCCCCAAAUAUUCUUACUCAACUCCUUGAAAUCCCCUAUUAUAGUCUGCCUUAAAGUGAAACAGCCUAACAGUGAACCAUAAUGUGACAUUUUACCAGCUGUGUUGUGAUUAAUCCAAAUACAUCUUAAGAAGUUAACAUUAAGCAUCUUUACAUAUUUAAACUUGAUGCUAGGGCUAUUUUGCAAAACUUAAAAAAAAAAAAAAA